GGGUCAUUCGCACCAAAUAGCGGGUCAACUCAUAACCAAAGCUCCACAGCGCUCUGCACAAACCUGGGUUACGCGACUUGAACAAUGGCGGCCUCCAACGUGUGCGCACUCCAGCUCCAAAUUUGCCCCCUCCAAAAGCUGUCCCGCAGUCAGCAUUCUUUGACUACAGGUCGACAGACUCAAUUUUGCGUGCUGCGUCCUGCAUGCAGAGUGUCUAAUGAGCAAAGCGGCCAGCGGUGUUUUGCAUUGCCGCUUGCAGCGGGGCACAAGAGUUCUCUUGCUUCAAAGAAGGGGAUUCCGUACCUACCCCACCGACCAACUCUAGGGAGUAACAAACGGCAUGGGGCGGGGGUCUGCAGAGCAGAGGAGGAAGGGAAGGGCAAGGAAGGCGGCUCCGUUGAAACAAAGGUGGAGGAGAGGAAGAAAGAGGAAGAGCAAACAAGUUCAGAGGACGGCUCUGCAAAGCCGCCAGAGGACCAGCCCCCCAAAGUCCCCGAUUUCAUCCCGCUGCCGUUGCCAAAGGCCGUCAUAGAAGUCCUGAAGACGCAGGUCUUUGGGUUUGACACCUUCUUCGUGACCGGCCAGGAACCGUUUCCUCAGGGAGGCGUGCUCUUCAAGGGCAACCUGCGUGGCGGGGACGCCGCAAAAGCUCAUGCCAAGAUCGGGAAGCGGUUGACUGACAAGUACGGAGACGAGUACGAGUUUUUCCUGCUUAGAAACCCGGAGGACGACAACCCGUCUGCUGUCGUCAUCCCGAAGGCGGCCAUCACGCCUCGCCAAGCUCCCGUGCCCGAACUUCUAUCCGCCGCUAUCUUCGCCACGUCGACCAUAGCGACUAUCUUCAUCCGCAACGGGGUCAUCUUCGAAGAAGGCCUCCCGCUCGACCAAAUGGCCACCCCCAUCCUCAAGGCCAUCUUUGACACCUGGCCAAGUUCCGUGGCCCUUCUCGGCGUCCUCGCAGCCCACGAACUCGGGCACCAGAUCGCCGCAAGACGGCACGGUGUCAAGCUGGGGGUGCCGUUCUUCAUCCCGGGCCUCCAGCUGGGCACUUUCGGUGCGAUCACCCAGAUCAAAAGCAUCCUCCCAAAACGGUCGGUUCUGAUCGAGAUUGCGGCAGCGGGACCAGCGCUCGGGGCGGUGGUUGGGUUAGGGUUAUUGUUAGCCGGGUUUACACUGCCACCUCCCGGAGGGGUAGCGACCGUGGUGGAUGCGUCGGUGUUCCACGACUCGUUCUUGGCCGGGGGUCUAGCCAAGCUGCUCCUCGGAGAUGCGCUCCAGGAGGGCAAGCCAAUUGCGAUGAACCCGGUCGCGCUCGCGGCGUGGUCGGCGCUCACGGUCAACGCCCUGCAACUUAUUCCCGUCGGGGAGCUCGACGGCGGCCGGCUGGCGCUCGGCCUCUUUGGACGGAAGCUUUGGGGCACGUUCAGUCUCGUCUCGUACCUUCUCCUCGGCAUUGCGGGAAUUUUCAACGACCUUUCUUUGUACUUCGUCGUGUUGACCGCGUUCCUCCAACGAGGGCCCGUUCCGCCCCACUCGGACGAGAUAAGCGAGCCAGACAACGCUAGGAAAGCCCUCGGAAUAGCGGCGCUCGUGUUUGGCCUGCUCGUGUUGUUGCCGUUCCCCUUCCCAUUCUCAGACACUGUGCAGCAGUUGGUCGACUAGGGCAGCAAUCUUUCUUUGUAAAGUCGAUUUUCCCUCUUGUACAGUAGGGCGAUUCAUAAUCGGUUUUGACGUAGGGGCUUGUCUUUUAGGCUCCUUGAGUUGAGUUCAUUGGAAUGACAAGUUAGCGAGACGAUUCUUGACAGUUUCAAGAAGGCAGUGUAACGAUUGGUUAUCGUGAAUGGAUUGGCCACUUUUCUAGUAUUGCAUUAAUGUGUGAGGAAGGUUAGUAUGAACUUACUAUGAAAUUUCUGGUUCUUCGUGAGU